GAUUGGUUGCUCUGACUAGUCCGGUUUAAACCAAUGGGGAUAAGAAGUGUGAUAUAAGCAUAAUAUUAGCACUUUGCCUAUAUCAGCUUCCCUUUCCCUACCUGCUCAGGUGUGUAGCUGUGAGGUUACAGAGAGGUGCUUGUCUUCAGCUUAUCCUUUACAAGCAGCUACACACACUUGUAUUCUUUAUCUCCACUAAAGCAGUGACUUAUACCAACCUUUCUUUUCUUGUACAGGAGUUUCAAGAUGGGCGCCAAAGUGUGUGGCAUCUCAUGUCGGGACCGGCAUACCGAGACUUUUGACAUCAGUCAGUCUUUUGAAUUUUUGGGGCCCUCAGUAAGUAUGCGUAAGUAUCUUUUAGAUAUGAAGCAGGAGCUGCUAAUUACUAUCCAGAAGGAAAUGCGGAUAGCAGCAGGGGCGGAAAAGCUGUUCCGUUUCACCAAGGACAGGAAGACGAGAGCCCGGAUAAAGGAGCUGAGGAACAGCAGCGAGAAAAAGGUGAAAGACCUUUACACCUCUCUCCACAAGCUGAAUGAGGAGAUAGCGCAGUGGAGGGAAGAAGAGAAUGUUCCAGAGGCAGUUCACGAGACAACUGAGAAUGCUGGAGAUAUCUGUGUAGCAUUCCCAAGAGAGGUCACUGAGCCUGAGGUUCAGGUUGUUUUACAACCCGCCAGUGACUCCUCCCAAGUGAGUACAUUACACUGA